UAAGAAUAUAGGACAUUUAAAUAAUAUAUAUUUAUAUAUAUUUUUUCCUCAUUUUUAAAUAUUUUUGAAACUCAAAAUUUCACGUUGAAAUCUUCGGGAAGGACGGGGACAGGACUGCUCAGGUGUGUCCUACCUGCUCCUUCAGACCUUGUGAAAUAAUCCGGGAGAGAAAAGUAGAUUUACCUGUAGCCCGGGUUCUGGCAUCUCUCUCACUCGCUCUCUGUCUUCUGUUACCUGCACCGACUUGAAAGUCCAGUUUCACAAGGAAGAACCGCGGAGAAAUAUGUCACAGGAGACAGACAGUAAGAGGCUGGUGGUAGUGGUGCCCAAUGAGCAGUCCUUCCACCCACGUCGGGCCUACACCAGCGAGGAUGAGGCCUGGCGGUCUUACCUGGAAAACCCUCUUACUGCAGCCACAAAGGCCAUGAUGAGCAUCAAUGGAGAUGAAGACAGUGCUGCCGCUUUAGGGCUCCUCUAUGAGUACUACAAGGUACCCAAAGACAAGAGAGUAUUACCCAUCAGCAAAGUUGCUGAAAUUUCAGAGGAACAGGAAAAGAGAAUCACGGUGGUGGGACACAGCAGUCAGAUUGAGCCAGAAACAUUUGAUAACCACGUGCAGGUCCUGAAAUCAGUGCCAGUUAAUCUGUCGGUCAACAAUGAUCACCAGGAAACAAAGCGGGAGCAGUACAGUGUGGGGUCAGGGGAGAGUGGGGCCGUUGCAGUGGUAAAAGCUGAGGUGUACACCCCUGUUUUCUCGGGUUCAGGGGUUCACUACAGGCCCGAGGGCGAGGAACAAACACGGGUCAUUUAUGAACAGACACACUCGUUCGAUACCCCGACAGUUUGUCAUAGUGAAUAUGGGAAAGACGACCAUUGCAGUAGUCCAGAUAGCACAUAUGAAGAAGACUGCAGUGAGAAGUACCGCUCUUCAUCUCUCAGAGCUGAUGAUUUCAAAUUUGACCAGUCAGAUAUAGACACCUUUCAGUACACACUAGAGGCCACCAGGUCUUUGCGGCAGAAGCAGGGUGAGGGGCCCAUGACCUACCUGAACAAGGGCCAGUUCUACGCCAUUACACUGAAUGAGACAAGUGCCAAUAAACGCCUCCGACAUCCCAUCAGCAAAGUGAGGAGUGUCAUCAUGGUUGUGUUCAGUGAAGAUAAGAACCGUGAUGAGCAGCUCAAGUACUGGAAGUAUUGGCACUCUCGACAGCACACGGCCAAGCAAAGGGUUCUGGACCUUGCUGACUACAAAGAGAGCUUCAACACAAUUGGGAAUAUUGAAGAAAUCGCCUACAAUGCUGUGUCCUUUACCUGGGACGUGAACGAGGAGGGCAAGAUCUUCAUCACUGUGAACUGUCUGAGCACAGAUUUCUCCUCUCAGAAGGGAGUGAAGGGUCUUCCGCUCAUGAUUCAGAUCGACACCUACAGCUACAACAAUCGCAGUAACAAACCCCUACACAGAGCCUAUUGCCAGAUCAAGGUCUUCUGCGAUAAGGGAGCGGAGAGAAAGAUCAGAGAUGAGGAGAGGAAACAAAACCGCAAAAAGACAAAAGGAAAAGAAGGAGGUGUUGGGGCAGUUACUGUCCCGAAAAAGUGUGACACCACCUUCUUUAAAAAGAUGACUGAUUUGGAUGCCCAGCCGGUUCUGUUUAUCCCUGAUGUGCACUUUGGGAACUUACAGAGGGCAGGCCAGGUAUUUGCCUUUAAUACAGAUGAAAUAGAGCGAGAGGGAGGUGUGCUGGUAAAGAGGAUGUUCCACUCAUCUGAGGAAGACUUCUGCCCACCCCCUCACAAACAGAUGAGAGAGGACACACAGAAGAAAGUUCUCCUGUAUGUGAGGAAAGAGUCAGAUGAGGUGUUUGAUGCUCUGAUGCUGCGGACACCCACUCUCAGAGGACUGAUGGAUGCAAUUUCAGAGAAAUAUGGCGUGCCCAACGACAGGAUGACCAAGAUUUACAAGAAGAGCAAAAAAGGGAUCUUGGUGAACAUGGAUGAUAAUAUCAUCGAACACUACUCUAAUGAGGACACAUUUAUCCUGAGUAUCGAGAACAAUGCAGAUGCCUACAAAAUCACAUUGACAGAAAUAUAAACAUCACUGCAUGAAUUUCUAACGUUGAGUAUGCUUAAGCUACAAGACUUGUUACUUGUACUCCAACCAUCAGUCUGGUCAUCAUUCAUCAUCGGCUGUUCACAAAUUGAAUUCAAAUGGCCAAAAGUUGGCAUACCUCAUUUUCAAAAACUUCAUGCAUGAUUUUUUUAGUGGUCAGUAAAUUUCAGUGGGUCCCAAAAGUGUCCUGUGGGUAAACGGUCCAGAAGCAUGUGGUUGUUUUUCAUUAUUCUGCUGUUGAUUAAACUAUUGCUAGUGGUAACAGAAUUUUAAUCUUAAAGGUGCUAUAUGUAAGAGUGACAACAAGUGUUUGAAAUGGGUACUGAGCCCCAGACUCAAAGCUCAUGUAGGUUGCCAGAACGUUGACAUGCAAAUUUGCCAAUUCAGCAUCCGUUUUAAAUGAUUUCUGAGCUUUAAGCUGUCUCCAUCUUACAAAGGCAUCUCCAAUAUUUAUCCUUGUUUUACUACACCUCUGGUCAUGGUGGUUUUUAGACGGAUGGCGAGGCUUUUUAUGUCGGUUGUAACUCUGAUCCAGUUCGUUUGCUGGCUUCCAUGGCUGCAGCACGCAGGGUUGUUUGUCUGCAAACUUGUUCAAAUCUGGCAACCCGCGAUGUGAAAUACUAUUGGCGAGUGGGCAGUGGGCGGGAUCACACAGUCCAAAACAUAUACAGAAAUUCCGGCCCGGAAUGGAAACUACAAAGUAGAAUAUACUGGCUGUAGCAUUGUUAUCGGAGAAGCCAGUAUUUCAACUUAGCAUGUUUCCUAAUUCUCUAAUGACAUAUUAUGGUCAUUUUUAUGAUUUAGUACACUAAAAAUAUUACAUAUAGCACCUUUAACUUUUAAGGAUAAAAGUACAUGAUAAUUCACAUUUCACUUAGUUUCUGAACUGUGCCAUCCUAAGGAUUUCACUGGAGUGGAAGAAAAGGACGUAAAAAUAUUAUUGCGAUAAUGUGUAUUAUACAUUGUUUGUAAUGUGUGUUUUCCAUUGGAAUUAUAAUGCUGGAAUACAUUUGCAUGCAGCACAAAUACAAAUCUGAGUCUUUGUUACCUGCAGAGCUAUUGAUCUGUGAAAAGUGUCCAAUACUGUAAAUAUGUUUUUUUAUUGGUUUGUUAUUAUUAUUAUCAUUCUUAUUAUUGUUAUUUUCAACUUGGUAGAUAUCAUUUUGAUGAGACUAUGUGUGCCAUUUCAAGUUUUUAUGUUCAGUAGUGCAAAGGAGGAUGUGUAUGAAUUAUGUUUAACUGUACAGUACCUCGAUAUCAGAAAAUACAUAAAAUGACACAAUCAAAAUACAGAAGGUAUAGCUCAGAUCCAUUUCAACCAUGAUUUAUGUGUUGCACUCGUAUUUUUUAUGUGAAAUAUUUUUUAAAGGUCCAUUGGUUUCAAAUGUAAAUGCAGUUUGAGAUUUCACAAAUUUGACAAGGAAUGAGUGCCUCUCACAGUUUUUGCCAUUAUUUUACUAAUAACUAUGCAAUCUUACAACCCAGUUCAUUUCUAGUUUAUAUGUACACUAUAUUUGCAUGUUAAUGUAGUCCAAAUUCAGACAAAAAUUGAACGUCUUCCAUGAGAAAUUAUGUAAAGGGCACUUUGGAAAAGAAAAUGUAAUUUAUGUGUAAAUAAAUUAGUCAUUUUUAUCAUUUAAAAGUGUACAUACAUUUGUCUUUCUUUGGUGUAGAC